UUCUCAUUUCGGUAAUACCUCGUUUGAUGCAAGCGAUAAAUUCUCGUUUUAUGAUGUCGAUAAUACUUGGUUUGAUACAGAUGAUGACUUCUCGCUUCGGUACAACUUGUCUGAUGCUUUCGAUAACAUAUCGCUAAAUCGAUAAUGAAUGACUGCCUCUUUGACGAAAUAGAGAAAUCACUGAGGCUCAGUAAGAACAAUCACAGCUGCACUUGCUCUAAUAGUAAACGUGUAGCUAACUUGCCUAUAAUAGAAAGUAAAAAACCGUCACAUAAAUAAGUUCAUUAGUCGGAGCUUUGCACGCUAUACUGUGUGGAAACAAGUGGUUAACCUGGAGAAUUAAAUCACGGGUAAAUUGUUAAUAAUCGACGGUGGGUUCUACAAUCGUUACGAACAGAGCUUGUAACAUAUAAUUAAGCAAGUUACCACUGACAGAUUAAAUGCUCCUUUCAAGGUUCGCACUACCAGAACUCUUUUUCAAAAUGAGUAAUGAUAGCGUGUUUUCGGUUGAGAGGCUUUAAAUUAAAGAAAAAGUAUGUGUUAUGUUUUGCCGAUAAUUAUGUAAGCAUAGGAAGUGGUAGCAACAAAUUUGACAGAGCUUCGAGGGUAAGAAUUUAACUGAACGCCAGCGGAGGCAGGGUGGGCCGGCGCGCAGCAUGGCCACGCCGCGCAAGAAGAGCGACGAAGUCCCGGACGGCGGCUGGGGGUGGGUGGUGGUCGCGAGUGCCUUCAUGAAUUCCUUCGUUCUUCUUGGAAUUCCCCUUUCAUUCGGAAUUUUUUUCAACGAGAAACUAACAAGCAUGGGGGUGUCGUCUACUACGGUUGCAUGGAUCUUCAACUUGUUCAACUUUAACUUCAACUUAUCGAGUGUGUUCAGCGGCUCAUUGUGCGACGUGUUCGGUUGGAGGAAAGUCGGUUUCGUGAUGUCCUGCGUCACCAGCCUGGGCUACGUGCUCAUGAUCUUCGUGCGAGGACCCGGGCUCGUAUUCUUUUUAUUCAGUUUUGUCAUAGGUUGCAGCGGGGGUCUGACUUCCAUCGUCGGAUAUCUGACCCUGCCUCACUAUUUCGAGGAUCACAGAGGUCGCGCGGCGGCCAUUAUCAUCACCGGGGUAUCAUCGGGUCAGAUGAUCCUUCCUCUGCUGUUGAGGUUCUUACUAGACGAGUACGGAUUCCCUGGAGCCUGUCUGAUAUUUGGCGGUUUAGUCUUAAAUUGUGCCGUUCUAAGCUUGUUAUACUACCCCGUGCCCGAAAGACCUAUUAUUAGAGGAGAUGCACUAUACGAUUCAGUAGUUAAUAAAAAAGUACGGACUCCUAUGUUGUCGCAAAUUUUGAAUAAUAACGAUAAUAAUGGUGAGACUGAGCCCGACGGCCGAGGAAUGUCUGCAAUUGAGACGACACAAGAAAUCAUGAAAAUAACAUGGAGCCGAGCAAAGAAGCUGCAGCAUUUGAAGCUUUUAAUCAUGACCCUGAGCUUUUCAUUUCUGAUCAUUGGAUACCAAAACUUCAUGGCUCUGUUGCCGUUCGCAAUGGCAACUCAUGGACACGCUCCGUCGAUGGCGUCGUACUGUGUGUCCGCAGGGGCCGUCGCCAACACUGCUACUCGAAUUUUCGUCAGCUGUUUCUCCGACAAAGCUUGGUUCAACCGCAAAACAAGUUACUUUUUCGGCUCCUCCUCUUCCGCGCUCGCAACAUUUGCGACAGUUUAUUUCCUACACGACGUGCGGUGGAUAAUGGCGUGCCAAGUAAUCUGGGGUGUUGGCAUCGGUGCGAUACUGAGCGUCUUCCAUAGCCUCAUGAUCGACACGUGCGGCCUGUCCCUCUACAACGCCGGCGUGGCGGUCACGGGGCUGCUGCUCGCCUUCAUCUCCAUCGUGACCGGACCAAUAAUCGGACUGGCGGCAGACUACACUUCGUAUGGAGUUAGCAUUGCCAUGGCAGCGACAUUUGAGUUGUGCUGCGCCUUGCUGUGGCUGUUUAUGCCGCUCGCUAGGAUGCACGACCGAGAAAAGUUUGGGGACUUGGAAUCAGAAGACAGCGAAUCCGAACAACGCUCAGCUGCUGGUGACGAAUACGACAAAGGAGCAGUUCGUCUCAAGUCUGGGUUUAUGGCAAAUUCUGCUGUGAUGCUAGCGCGAAGAAAUUCUCAGAACUUUAAGAGCCCGUCUUCUAUAAGCCUGACUUUCUGAAAUCGAAAUUCGGUUUUCAGAAGUUUGAAUGAAUGUAAAAAUUUAAGUAUGAUAAAAGUGAACUCGUCGUGCAGGAGGAUUAAGUUAGAAACAACGAACCUGCACUAAAACUUAUUACAAAUAAAAUUAUAUUCUAAGGAAAUUACAUGUUAUCAUACAAAGUAUGUACAUUAUAUUUCUAAGUUGAUCGUCUUCAUCAAGAUUUUUUGUGAUUGUAAUAAUAUUAACAAGAAUGUUUCAUUGCUAUAACAAUAAAAAGGUCUAACUUUC